CAACAGAGCGCAGCGGCGGCGGACCUAUCCCCACUUUUAGACCCAUUAAAAUGUUAAUAUAGUGGCUUUUUUUCUCUUUGACCGGUGAGCGUACUCGGGUCUGCCUGUCACGAUGGACGCCAGGUUGCUGUUGACGGGAUAACCGUUAGCGUACUCUCUUUUUGUGUGUGUGUGUGUGUGUGUAAUUGUUUGUCUGCUGGAUCCCGUGUGUGCAAUUUCUUUUUCGUCGCUAGCAGAAUGCUGAAGAGACGAGGAAUGGCUUUGAAGAGCGUCGGCGUGAAGAGAGCCACCUUUUUGGUUUCACACUGAGAAAAGAACAACCAACAAAAUAAAAAGAGAGAGAGAGAGAGAGAGAGAGAGAGUCUGAGCCGAGCUUUUUAAAAAAACAAGUUGUCCUCUCCCCGGCGAGGGGCUGCUGUCGGCGGGCAGAAAACACAAGACGCCCCGAGGAAGCUCCGCUGCCUGGCUCCCCCGGUUUCGUGGCCUGGCUCCGGGGCACUCCCCAGCUUAUCCGCCAGCGUCGGACCACGGGCGACAAGAAAUAAAGCGAGGCACCAGGAGAGGAGAGGAGGAAGGGAGGAGGAGAGGGGGGGCACUUCUUUUGUUUGUAUCCGUGGCGCUGGAUAUUUCUAAACACUCAUUCGGGACGAGGAAUCCAAUAUCCUCCAGACGGCGUCCUCCAAAACAAUGGCGUCUUACGUGGAUAACAGCUUUCGGCAGGCUGUGAUGAUGAACCCGGCUGAAAGGAAGCAACAGGACCUGGAGAUCGUGUACUCGUACCUCCACGGGAUGGAGGCCCUGUCCAACCUGCGGGAGCACCAGCUCAGGAUGAUGUGCGAGACGGUGCGUUAUGAGAGGCACGAGGCCAAUGAAGUGCUGUACUACCCCGACGACAUCGGCAGCUGCUGGUACAUCCUGUUGUCCGGCUCCGUCUUCAUCAAGGAGUCCAUGUUCCUGCCCAGAAGCAGUUUUGGGAAGCGAUCAGCCGGCAGCCUGCGACGUGGAUGUGAGUGCAUCGUCCUGGAACCCUCGGAGAUGAUUGUGGUGGACUAUAUGGAUGAAAAUGAGGAGUACUUCCAGCGGCAAGCCUCGCACAGACAGUCCCGUCGGCGCUUUCGCAAGAUCAACCAGAAAGGGGAGAGGCAGACGAUCAUCGACACCGUGGAUCCGUACCCCACCGGGAAGCCGCCCAUAGACCGGGGAUACCACACGGAAUGCAACAAGCUCCCCGCAGACUUCAGCAGACUUCACCUGGCCGACGGCUUGCACCCACAGGUGACCCACGUCUCCUCCAGCCACUCAGGAUGUAGUAUCACCAGCGACUCUGGAAGCAGCAGCCUGUCAGACAUUUAUCAGGCCACGGAAAACGAACCGGGCGACAUGGACCUGAGCGGCUUGCCGGAGACCGCCGUCGACUCCGAGGAGGACGACGAUGAGGAGGACAUCGAGCGAGCGUCCGACCCCCUCAUGAGCCGGGACAUCGUGCGGGACUGCCUGGAGAAGGACCCCAUGGACCGCACCGACGAUGACAUCGAGCAAUUACUGGAGUUCAUGCAUCAGCUGCCGGCGUUUGCCAACAUGACGAUGUCGGUGAGGAGGGAACUCUGCGCCGUCAUGGUUUUCGCGGUGGUGGAACGCGCCGGCACCAUCGUCCUCAACGACGGAGAGGAGCUGGACUCGUGGUCCGUGAUCCUAAACGGUUCGGUGGAGGUGACGUACCCCGAGGGCCGGGCAGAGAUCCUGUGUAUGGGGAACAGUUUUGGGGUGUCGCCAACCAUGGAGAAGGAAUACAUGAAGGGCGUGAUGAAGACGAAGGUGGACGACUGCCAGUUUGUGUGCAUAGCCCAGCAGGACUACUGCUGCAUCCUCAACCAGGUGGAGAAGAACAUGCAGAAGGUCGAGGAGGAAGGGGAGAUCGUUAUGGUGAAGGAACACCGCGAACUGGACCGCACCGGCACCAGGAAAGGACACAUCGUCAUCAAGGGCACACCGGAGCGUCUCACCAUGCACCUGGUGGAGGAACACUCAGUGGUGGACCCCACCUACAUCGAGGACUUCCUGUUGACCUACAGGACCUUCCUCUCCAGCCCCAUGGUCGUGGGCAAGAAGCUCCUGGAGUGGUUCCACGACCCCAGCCUCAGGGACAAGGUUACACGGGUAGUCUUGCUGUGGGUAAACAAUCACUUCAACGACUUUGAAGGCGACCCUGCCAUGACUCACUUUCUGGAAGAGUUUGAAAACAACCUGGAGAGAGAAAAAAUGUGUGGGCACCUCAGACUGUUAAACAUAGCGUGUGCUGCUAAAGCCAAGCCGCGGCUGGUGACGCUGACCAAGCCGUCCAGGGACUCCCCGCUGGCCUUCAGCCUCCUCGGAGGGCAGGAGAAAGGGUUUCGCAUCUUCCUCGACGCCGUGGAGCCCGGGAGCAAGGCAGCGGAAGUCGGCCUUAAGCGGGGCGAUCAGAUCUUGGAGGUCAAUGGGCAGAACUUUGAGAAUGUCCAGCUCAUCAAAGCCAACGAGAUUCUGAAGAACAACACCCACUUGUCCAUAACUGUGAAAACAAACCUUUUAGUGUUUAAGGAGCUGCUAACCCGGCCGGAGCAAGACCACGACGUGGACGGCGAGGAGGAGCACGACAGGAAGAACGGCACGCCCCACCUCCCGAAGAUCGGCGACAUCAAGAAGGCCAGCCGCUACUCCAUCCCCGACCUGGCGGUGGACGUGGAGCAGGUGAUGGGCCUGGAGAAGGUCAGCAAGAAGGCGAAGAGCAACUCGGUGGGAGGACGCAACAAGCUGAAGAAGAUCUUCGACAAGACGCUCACCAGCAUCCUGCCUCCCAAACCCUACAAUGACGUUUGCGUGGGCCAAUCGCAGGACGACAGCAUCGUGGGGAUGAAGCAGUCCAAACAGAUCGCCCCGGCGCUGCCCGUCAGUGGCAACCUGUCGUCGUCGAACCCCGACCUGCUGCAGUCUCACCACCGCAUCCUCGACUUCAACAACCAGCCUGAUAUGUCGGACCAGGUGUUGCGAGUCUUCAAGGCGGACCAGCAGUCUCGGUACAUCAUGAUCGGGAAGGACACGACGGCGAAGGAGGUGGUGGCCCAGGCCAUCAGGGAGUUCGCCCUGACGGCCGCGCCGGAGGCUUAUUCUCUGUGCGAGGUGUCCGUCACCCCGGAGGGCGUCAUCAAGCAGAGGCGGCUACCGGACCAGCUGUCUAAACUAGCCGACAGGAUCCAACUGAGCGGCAGAUACUACCUAAAGAGCAACAUGGAGACGGAGACGCUGUGCUCCGACGAGGACGCCCAGGACCUCCUGCGAGAGGGCCAGAUCUCUCUGCUGCAGCUCAGCACGGUGGAGGUCGCCACGCAGCUCUCCAUGCGCGCCUUCGAGCUGUUCUGCGCCAUCGAGCCCACCGAGUACAUCGACGACCUGUUCAAGCUGCGCUCCAAGACGGGCUCGGCCAGCCUGAAGCGCUUCGAGGAGGCCAUCAACCACGAGACCUUCUGGGUGGCCACGGAGGUGUUGCGCGAGCCCAACCAGAUCAAACGCAUGAAGACCAUCAAGCACUUCAUCAAGAUCGCCCUGCACUGCCGCGAGUGCAAGAACUUCAACUCCAUGUUCGCCAUCAUCAGUGGUCUGAACCUGGCGCCGGUCUCCAGGCUGAGGGGAACGUGGGAGAAGCUGCCCAGCAAGUACGAGAAGCUGUUCGGGGACCUGCAGGACCUGUUCGACCCCUCCAGAAACAUGGCCAAGUACAGGAAUGUCCUCAACAACCAGAACCUCCAGCCACCGAUCAUCCCCCUGUUCCCCGUCAUCAAGAAGGACCUCACCUUCCUCCACGAAGGCAAUGACUCCAAAGUGGACGGCCUGGUGAACUUCGAGAAGCUGAGGAUGAUCGCCAAAGAAAUUCGCCACGUCGGUCGCAUGGCCUCCGUCAACAUGGACCCGGCCCUCAUGUUCCGGACCCGGAAGAAGAAAUGGAGAAGUUUAGGGUCCCUGAGCCAGGGCAGCGCCAACGCGGCGGUGCUCGACGUCACGGGGACGGGCGGGCACAAGAAGAGGGUGCGACGCAGCUCCUUCCUGAACGCCAAAAAGCUCUACGAGGACGCCCAGAUGGCCAGGAAGGUCAAGCAGUACCUGUCCAACCUCAGCCUGGAGACGAACGAGGAGAGUCUGCAGACGCUCUCCAUGCAGUGCGAACCCUCCAUCAGCACACUGCCCAAGAACGCCAGUGGGAAACGACCAGACACCUCCCCGGUCGUGUCCAGAGCGGCCAGCCAACAGAGGGGCCAGCUGGCCAAAGGAAACCAGGCCCUGCAGGUCCCGGCUGUGGCCCUCUACCCAUCCCGAAAGAAAGUGCCAGUCAAAGAUCUGCCCCCUUUCGGCACCAGCUCCCCUCAUUCUCUGAAGAAGAUCCUGUCUCUGUCGGAGGAGGGGAACGAAAGGCACCGCAGGCCGCCAGAGGACACCGUGUCCAACGCCUCCUCCCCUCCCACCUCCCCACAGAGCUCACCCAAGAAGGGCUACAACAGGAUGGGAGACGCCUACUCGGACUCCGGUCACAGCGAGAUCUCCUCCCGCUCCAGCCUCGUCAGUAACUCCUCCUUCGACAUGGCCCAGGACGAGAGGAGACUCCGUCACUCCGGGGGAGUCGUGGAGUCGCACACCGGGGGACAGCGGCUGGAGCGAAGAGCCGCCACAGACCCCGACCAGUACAGCCUCGGGUCGUAUUCAUCGAUGCAGGACUGUCGGGGCAUUUACACCGGCUGCCCCACGGUGCUCUCCUCGCCCAGUUCGGAGGAGCUGACUCAGGAUCAGGGCGAUCGCGUUUCACUCGAUGCCGCAGACAGCGGCCGCGGCUCCUGGACUUCCUGCUCCUCCGGCUCCCACGACAACAUCCAGACCAUGCAGCAGGGCCGCAGCUGGGAGACUCUGGCUUUCGGCGGAGGCGGCGGCGGAGGCGGGGGACUCCCACCCAGCGGACAGGAGGCCUUAUUAGGGGGACACGCUGCACUGUGGGCGGCCCAGGCCAGGGGCAGCUGGGCGUCGGCCAGUUCCUCCUCCUCCUCGGCUGCGUACUGGGGAGAGGACUCUGAGGGAGACACUGGCACCAUUAAGAGGAGAGGAGGGAAGGACGUCAAUGCCGAUCCAGAAACCAGUAGCAUCACAUCCACCGGGUCAGAGGAGGCCAAGCCGCUAGGCCGACCCUCCCCGUCACCCAUCACCACGGGGGGUAAAGGCAUCCUCACGCGGAAAGAAAGCCGCUACCGCGAUCCUCCCCCGACUCCCCCCGGCUACACCGCCCUGACCCCCUCCAACCUGGCCGAGGGGCAGCACCCGGCCCCGUCCGUCCCCACCGCGGCGGCGGCGGCGGCGGCGGCGGCUGUGGCGGCGGCCCCCCACACAAGCCGCCGGCCGCCGGACUACACCACGGCACUGCAGCGCUCGCGCAUGGUCACCCAGUCGCCCGACUCCCACCAGGCCGCCCAGCAGGGGGCCAAGCAGCGGGCCGGCGGCCUCCACCGCACGCGCUCGCCGGCCGACGAGCAAGAGGCGGAGGAGGAAGAGGAGGGUGAGUCUUCCAAACUAAUCGCUCUGAGGAAGCCAAAGGCACAGCAUACACCCGAGACUCCCAGACCAUGAGAGUGUGUGUGCGGGGGUUAACAGGCAGGGCCCCUCUCCCCAAGGCAGGUAAAAAAAACUAAUUUAUCAGGUUGCCCCCCACCCCCUCCCUUCUCCCCACUCCACCCUCCACUCCAAUGAACCUGCAUGUGAACAGGAGCACACUCUUUGGCCUGAGACUGAUCAUUCCUUCACACAACUUCCCACAGCACCAGUAGGCUCAGUCCCACUUCAAAUUACAAUCGCAAUGUUUCAGAAUCCCAAAA